CAGUGAAGUAGGAGUUCUUAGAGGGAAGGGCUGCUUUGAAGGUGUAGCAAGAUCCUAUGUCCCACGAAAGAGUGAGCCGCACACCCAAAGAGGCAUUUUGGAGCUCUAUGUUAAAUUUGCUGGAUUUGUUUGUAGCAUUUACAGACUUGUAAAUAGUUUCAGAACUGGAGCUACAAGUAACCAUUUUGUGAGAUGUUAAAAAGCAGCAAGCCCCAGAAGUAACCUUUGAAAUACCGUACAAGCUUCUAAAGACAAACUAUGAUUUGUAAGGAAGAGAGAGUAGCUUAGUGAUGCUGUGUAUUUGAAGCUCUCUGGCUGGUUAAUAUAUGAAACAGACAUUUAGGGCUAAAUAAUUUUAUACAGCAAAAAGCAAUAUAUUGUGGAACAGAAUGAAAUGGGUGAACCUUUGAUUUAAAUUUCAGCUGAAGAGCAAAGUUUUUUUUAUCCUUUCCCUCUGAAGUGGAAAAGCCAGCGAAGAUUAACACACUGAAUCUUUAUCACUUGAGUUUCUAAGUUGCCAUGGCAACAGGGAGAACUGUGAUGAGAGCUGUCAGAGUGUUUGAAUUUGGUGGACCUGAAGUGCUUAAACUGCAGUCAGAUGUCUCCUUGCCAGUUCCAAAAGCAAACCAGGUUCUCAUUAAAGUUCACACCUGUGGCAUUAAUCCAGUGGAGACCUAUAUUCGUUCUGGGACUCAUGCUAAAAAGCCAGCUCUACCCUACACACCAGGUUCCGAUGUGGCUGGGGUAAUAGAAGCUGUUGGAGAGCAUGUAACUGCUUUCAAGAACGGAGACAGGGUUUUUACCCUUGGUACCAUUUCUGGUGGCUACGCAGAAUAUACUGUUGCUUCAGCUGACACAGUCUUUCCCUUGUCUGACAAACUGGAUUUCAAGCAAGGCGCAGCAGUCGGAAUUCCAUAUUUUACUGCAUUCCAUGCUCUCUUUCAAAAAGGAGAUGCCAAAGCAGGAGAAACUGUGCUAGUCCAUGGAGCAAGUGGAGGAGUUGGAAUAGCAGCAUGCCAGAUUGCAAGAGCUUAUGGUUUGAUGGUUUUGGGCACAGCUGGUACUGAAGAAGGAAUGACUCUAGUUCUGAAAAAUGGAGCCCACAAAGUGUUUAAUCACAGGAAGGAGGAUUACUUAGCUCAAAUUAAGGAAACUGCUGGUGAGCAAGGCAUAGACAUAAUUAUAGAGAUGCUGGCUAAUGUUAACCUUGCCAAUGACUUGCUACUUUUGAAAAAAGGAGGAAGAGUGAUGAUUGUGGGAUGCAGAGGUUCCAUUGAAAUAAACCCCAGAGAUACCAUGAUGAAGGAGUCCAGCAUCAGAGGAAUUUUUUUAUUCGCUGCAUCAAAGGAGGAGCUUGGUGAAUGUGCAGCUUCAGUUCUUGCAGGUGUAGAAGCUGGCUGGCUAAAACCAGUAAUAGGCCCUGAAUAUCCAAUGGAGAAGGUGACAGAGGCUCACAGAGAGAUAAUCCACAGCCAAGGUGCUUUGGGGAAGAUGGUCCUUCUUACUCGUUAAAUAUCUUUGCACUUAACAUGAACAGUAAUUACAAUGCUGUUGGAAUACUUUGCAAAUUAUGACUUUGAGAUGUAAGAUACAACAAUUGCAAUCGGCUCUAAUUAGAAUGUUUUAUAUCAAAUUUGAAAAGAUGAGUUGUUAAUGACUGACAGGUCUGUCCUAGAAAGUAUCUUCUUUAUUCUACUGUGGAGCCUGUAAGAGAUGCCUAUUCUGCUGCAUUCACAGGAUACUGAUGUAGGGAGUCCUCUCUUGGUCUCUUCCUUGAAAAUGCUGGAUGUGCCUUUGGGUCUCUGUAGAAAAGCAAGUGAAAAUACUUACGUGCUUUCUGAGGACAGAAUUGUGUCUGAGAUCUUGUUUUUCAAAUAAAGAUACAUGCAUCAUGAA